AUGAAAUUAAUUAAAGCAUAUUUUAAUUUAUAUCAUUUACAAAUAGAAUCUUUAAUAAGAAAAGAGAGAUUACGUCGUAGAUUUAGAAAAAUAUCUACAAAUAGAAUAUUUAUUAGUGAUGGUGAAUUUAAACAUUCUAAUGAUAAAGUAAAUAUAACAUUAUAUGUUUAUAAUAAACAAAAACUUAAUUACUUAUUAAAAUUAAAAAAAAGAUUUAUUAGAUUAUUUAAAAAACCUAAAUUUGCUAGAAAAUUAAGAUUAAUAAAAAAAGUAGGAUUAAAAUUAUUGUUUAAACAAAAACAAAAAAGUAUAUUAUUAAGAAAUGUAUUACCUAAAUAUAAUACUGAAGUAAAUACAGCUAAUAAUAUCUACUAUACAAGAUUUAUGAAAAAAAGUUUUAGUAGAUUAAGAUUCUAUAUGUAUUAUAAACAAAUGCUUUAUAUUAAUAAAACUAAAUUUGAAUAUACAUAUUUACAUGCUUUAAUAAAUUUAAUAAAAAACAUUUUUAAAAAAAAUGUUGAAUUUAAUAUAAUUAAUUUAAAAUAUUUUUAUUUUAAUAGUAAAAUAUUUACUCAACCUUUAGAAUUAAAAUUAAAAAAAGAUAGACGUGUUUUAAAAUAUCUUAAAGUUUUAAUAAGAAAAGCAAAAAUUAAAAAAAUUAAAUUAGCUGAAAAAACAAAAAAAUUUUUUAAUUUUAAUAAUAGUGAUAAUUUUAUACAAGAUAAUACUAAAUCUAAAAAUUUAAAAAAAAUUCUUAUAAGUAAUAUUAAAUAUAAAAGAGUAUCUGGUGUUAGAUUACAAGCUGCAGGUAGAUUAACUAGACGUUUUUCAGCUUCUAGAUCUAUAUGUAGAACUAAAUAUAAAGGUAAUUUAGAAAAUGUUUAUUCUUCUAUUAAAGGUUACCCUACACCACUUUUAAGAGGUAAUGAUAAAGCUAAUUUACAAUAUACUGUUAUUAACUCUACUUCACGUGUUGGAGCUUUUGGAGUUAAAGGUUGA